AUGCAGGUGCAUCAGUAUGACAGGGAUGUGGAGGCAGCAGUUGCAUCAGCACGCACAUAUUUUGACGCCUACCCUCGCCAGCCGAAUGCCUCGCAGGUCAUUGUGCUAGACAUCGAUGAGACCGCGCUGUCCAACAGGGCUGAGUGGCUCACCAUCACAGAGAACAGGAAAAAUGGUUUGAAUCUGCCAUUUGUCAAGGACCAGAGUGUUCUGGGGCCAGCCAUGUCACCAGCGCUGCAGCCGAUGCUGGACCUGUACACCGAACUGUACCGGAAAGGCUUCAGUUUCACCUUCAUCACCGGCAGGAGGGAUUACGGGCCGGGGCGGGAUGCAACCGCGAAGAACCUGGAGGCGGCUGGCUACGGGGUGCCCUGCUCAGAUGGGGCAAUUGAAGCACAGCGUGCAGAGCGUGCACAGAGCGAGCCUUGCUAUGUAACGCUUGGCAUGCGCAGCGCUGGCGACCAGCGGCUGGCCUCAGUCUACAAGCCCGACCAGCGCGCACAGCUGCAGGCAUGCGCUUCUGACAGGGGCUAUGAGAUUGUGGCUUCCUUUGGAGAUCAGUGGUCGGACCUGGCGGGCACCUCAGCAGCUGAGGCCAGCUUCAAGCUGCCCAAUCCCUUCUACUACAUCUUGUAG